GCACAUCUCCCCAUGGUCUCAGAGUGGUCACAUAUGCCAUCCUUGCGGGAGAUCAUGCUGAAUCGGGCGAAGGAGCCCGCCAAGGUGCAUCCCAUGGAUCGGGUUGCUACACCCCAGACGGCGCCAGACUCGCCGCGGGUCAACUCGCCCGCACAGGCGAUCACGCCGCAGCGAAACGGCUACGGGCGCCCGCCAAAGCCCAAGGCAACUCCGGGGCAGAGGAGCCCGGGCAGCGCUGGCUCAGUGCAGAGGACCAGCGAGGAGAGGAGACCAAGGGCACAAUCCGUCACUGCCCAACGAGGCCGACGCACGCCCAGCGAGCCACCUCCGGAUGGAGGCGAGGAGAUGUCCACGCCCGGGAAACGCGCGCAAGGUACUCCGACGGCGCGCGCCAAGGCCCGGUCGCUCUCGGCCAAUCGUGCUCCGGACAAGAUUCGGAUAGGUGAUGCCGCACCUCCGAUCGAGCGCAAGGACGUCGGCAAGGUGCCGGCGUAUCUGAAGAGGAGGCAAGCCGAGAUGGCCGAGGAGAAGAGGAUAGCAGCGCGGCCAGUGUCUCCGCAGCCUCCGCCCGGCUUUCGGAAGGUAGGGGAGGAGGAGCGGGAGGACACCCUAGAGGUGCUCAGGCUGCGGAAGGAGGAGGUGGAGAAAGCGCAGCGAGGCCUUCCUUUCAAGAUCGAGACCGUUGGGCAGAAGCAGCGGGAGAAGGACCUGAGCGACCGUUUGGCUCACAUAGAAAAGCUCACAGGCAUGUUCUCAAAGCCGGUGGUCUUCGUCCCUGCGGACUCGGGGCCAAUUGCAGCUUCACUUCCAUCUCUAGGUGAAAAGGACCAAAAGUUCCACGCGCAGGUAGGCGAUUCCGCCUCAGCACGCAAGCCAGUGCGGUCAUCCAUCGUGGUCAAUCAAGCACCAGGUGGCCACUCCAAUCUGACACUUGGCUAGGCAGCUGCGGCUGUGAAGCGAUUGCGAGCCACCCGAGAAACUACAGAUUGCUUUGGGAACUUCCCGAUCAGGCUUCCUGGGUGUGUCU